GGAUAGUUUUGAACUGGAUAAACUUUCAGUUCAGCAAUUAAAGGAGAUAAUAAAGUCGGCUAAUCUUUCUUUUGAAGGUUGCUUAGAAAAGCCUGAACUUUUGAAUAGAGCUAAAAAGGCUGUGGCCGUCAUUCAGGACUUGUCAAAAGAUAUAUCUUCUGCAGCAGUGGGUGAAGGAUUUCAAAACUUGCACACAGAGCUAAAGCUUUUUGGGAGCUAUAAUUGUAUAGUUGCUGUGGAAAAAUCAAAAAGUUUAAUCAGUAAGGUUGACGGUGCUGUUAUUAUGCUUCAUGGUUUUCAAGCAAAAAAUAUCGGAUUAUUACCUUUUGCAAACGAAUUUUAUUUACACCAAAAAACUAGUAUUGCUGAAGAUAAAAAUAUAAUCUUUGUAUUCCCUCAAGCUCCAAGAGGGGGCCUUUUAAAUGUUUCUCAGUGGUGGGAGAUUGAUUUAGUUAAGUGGCUUAACGCCGCUAACGGAGAUCAAGCUGUACUGGCAAAGUUGCUUCGGGAAAGGCCAGAGGGUCUGGCAGUCGCAAGGAAAAAUUUAAGUUUGCUUAUGGAUCAAAUUUGCGAUAAGUAUAAUUUAAUUUCUCACGAAAAUCUAGUUCUUGCAGGAUUUAGUCAAGGAGCAAUCACUGUUAUGGAUGUUGCUUUAGAUAGACUAAAUAGUUAUAUUGCUGAUGAGAAAAGCGGUGGGCCUCCUGCUGGAAUCACAAUGCUUAGCGGGGCACCAACUGUUAUAGAGGAGUGGAGUGCAGUACUGAAGAAGUAUACAGAUUUGGUGAAAAAGAUGAAUAAUAACAAAAAGUAUAAAAAAUUGAAAGUUUUUAUUUCCCACGGCCUGCUUGACCCUGUUCUUCCCUAUGUUGUUUCUGGAUGGACUAAAUCACUUUUAGAGCAAACACCUGACGUUGUUGAGCUUCAGUACGUUUCUCACAAUGAAGGCCACUCUUUUGGAUGUGCAGAGACCAAGAAUAAAAUCUUUUCAUUUUGGCUUGAUGCGCUGAUUGGCGCUUGUUAACCA